UGUAAGGUGUAAGGUUUUUAGCUAGUGUACCCGCGGCCCUGACUAAUCCCGGUGUCUGAUUGGCUGAUUGUGCAGCACGUGAGGCGGAGUUUUGGUUGUGAAGUAUAAAACUCUCGCGCUCUGGGCUCGAGCGCUACAGCUGGGAGGCGCGUGAGAGCGGACAGCGGCAGCGCGCGCUCCUUCUCGGUGGAGUUUGGACGUGAGCGGCGCGCGGCCAUGUGACAAGGAACAAAACACGCGGUCAGGAUUAAAAGCGCGCGCCAGCGGGACGGGACGUUGAGGUCUGUUUGUUUGUUUGUUUGUUUUGCGUUUGUUUUGUUUUGUUUCGUUCUGCGCGCGCGUGCCCGUGACGCACGCGCUAAUCCUCAGACUCGGGCAGCUGGUCGGUGAUGAGUUUAGCGAUGGAGAGUCGCGUCGCGCGCCGCUGCAAGAUCGUAGUGGUGGGAGACUCGCGCUGCGGGAAAACCGCGCUGCUGCACGUGUUCGCUAAGGACUCGUAUCCAGAGAGCUACGUGCCGACUGUAUUCGAGAAUUACACGGCCAGCUUCGAGAUCGACAAGCGCCGCAUCGAGCUCAACAUGUGGGACACGUCAGGCUCAGCCUAUUAUGACAACGUUCGGCCGUUGGCUUAUCCGGACUCGGACGCUGUUCUCAUCUGCUUUGACAUCAGCAGACCAGAGACGCUGGACAAUGUGUUAAAGAAGUGGCAGGGUGAGACGCAGGAGUACUGUCCCAGUGCAAAGGUGGUGUUAGUGGGCUGUAAGCUGGACAUGAGGACGGACCUGAACACACUGCGAGAGCUGUCCAAACUCCGACUGAUACCCGUCACACACGAACAGGGCACUUCUCUGGCGCGGCAGAUCGGCGCCGCAGCCUACGCCGAGUGCACGUCCAAAAACUCGGAGGACAGCGUGCGGGACGUCUUCCACAUCGCCACGGUAACGUCUAUCGGUUACGACACCCAGCGACUGAAGCGCUCCGGAUCACGGCGAGGUCUCAAACGCGCUUCCCAGAAUCCUCAGCGCUCCGAGAUCAUGGAGCGGCGCAAAGACCGAGCCAAGAGCUGCACGCUGAUGUAGGGGUCGCGACCCCGUGACCUCUCGGUCCACAGCGGGAACUUGUUUGAUGUUUUUUUUUGAUAUCGGUUUGAUUAAGGUGUACGUUACCGGCGUCCGGAAGCACGAGAGCAGAUGUAUUUAUUGACUUUAUUUUUUUAGCGCUGAAUUCUUUCGCAUCUCAGACGAGCGAGUUGGUAAUAAAACCACGACUUUUUUUAAACGUAUACAUCACAAUAUUUUUUUUUCUCCUUUUUCGGAAGCUUUGAUGUAUUACCAUUACUUCGAUAUAUUUAUUAACUUUUUAUUAAGGAAAUUUGAAACGUUUGCAUUUAUUUCUGAUUAUUUGGUGAGAAGGAGGUCGAUACUAAAAGGACUAAAUAAGUUUAUAAAGAUUUUUUUGUUCACUCGGAACGGCCGUGAGGAUGCAGCCGGCCGGAGACUUUACUGAUUUUUUACAUUUUUAUUAUUGAAAUUUUUUUUUUUGUGUUUGUUGUGAUUUUUUUUGGGGCUCGAAGGAGAAGAAAUUUCCAGAAAUCUCAAACCCCCAGACUAAACUUCCUGAUUAAAUGGUUGGACUAAAAUCCCUAAGAAGAAGUUUUGAUGGACUUUGAUGGUCACGUGUCGUGUGAUUUACACAUCAGAUUUAACUCCUCUUUGUGUUGUUUACGUUAAACUCUUCGGAUUGUUGCUCAGUGAUGUGAUCGUGUACGGACACGCCGAUGACGCACUUUAUUUUUUUUCUUUCUCUUCAUAUCUCUGUAUUACUGUUGGGUUUUUCCUUCACUGCUGAACACAGAGACGUGAGUUAGACAACUGGAGAUAUUUCACAGAUUACAUUAAAAAUAAGGAAAUAUAAAUCAAACUCAUAAUGUCUGAAAUGUAGGAAAAUGUAAGAGCACGUUUCUGUUGAUGGCUUUCUGUGUGAUCAGUAACACAAAAAUUAAAAUUUAACAUUUUUUUUAAUCAAGCUAUGUACCUGAUUUUUUUUUUUAAGCAGUACGUUGGAACAAUUUCUGUUUAUUUUGCUUUUUUUUUUUUUGAAAUGUCCAUGCAAGUGUAAAAGAAAUACUAUAAUAAAGAAACUACAAUAUGUCAAGGAGAAUCAAGGAAAGGAAGCUGGUCUGUGACAUCAUUUCCUGCUGAGAAGACUUUAGUUAGGACUAAAGAGGAACUUUAGAUGGUCUUUGGAUUACAGAAACACCUGAGAUUUGCUCUUCUGAGGUUGUUACAGAUGGUAAAGAUGCAGGCGUUCAUAAGGAAUCUCUGACACACACGAUUGGACAAAUGGAAGCUGGUCUGUGAUGUAACUUCCUGUUUUAUAAACACAUCCACAUCUUGGUUUAAUUAAGGAUAUAUCAUGAGGAUUGCGGCACAAAAAUCUAAAUUUCUUUAACCAAAAAAUUUUGUUCACAUUUUGAAGUUAUGCAAAAGCAGGAGUGUGUGUGAUGUGAUGUCAUUUCCUGUUUCCUGUUGUCGAAGGAGAGAUAUGGACAUAAAGGACUAAAAGACAAUAAUUACCUGAGAGAUGUGUGAAAUAUACAGAAUUCACAGCACAGACACACCAUCAGUCCUGUGAUGUCAUUUCCUGUCGUAAGAAAACCUUCACACUGAAUCGAACUUCUUAAUUUUGAACAUCGCGAUGAUCACGGCACAAAAUAAACACAGAAAUGUAGCAGGAAAAAACACAUUUUAACAGAAUAAAUGACAGAUUAUAGAAUUAAUUUAUUAAUUAAUCAUUAAUAACUAGAGUAUUAGUAUUAUUAUAUCUAUAGAAAUGUCUUCAUGCAGAUUUUAACCUGAAAAAAGGUUUAAAAAUCAACAAAAAAAAUGCCUCGA